UGAGAAAUAGUAAGUAAAGGUAAGUGUAAUUUGGAAGGGGGAGGGGAGACGACCUGGUCAAAUUACUAUUUCAUGAAACCCGUAAUCGUGAGGCAUAGCAGGAAGGAAACAGAAUGGCUAGCCAUGCCCACGAGUUGAUCUCUUUAUCAUUCAACACUGCAUUAACUCCGGAUCCUCUUCCUUCAUCUCCCUCCCUCCAUCUCUUCAAUUUUGUCAAUUUUAUCACCCAUCACCAAAGCUGAGCUUCUCGUCUCGGCAAAAAUGGCGCAACUCCACAGAUAUGCUCCUGCUGAUACUUCCAAAUCUCCUGCUCCCACCGUCGAACAACUCCUCCGAGGAGGAGAAGCCUCUAAGGGCUCACCGUCCUCCUCGUCGUCCGAGAGGUCCAAGCACUGGGACGCCCACGAAGAUCAUAGCCACCAUCACAAGAAAUCAGUUCUCACUAAAGUCAAAGAGAAGGCCAAGAAAUUGCGCCACAGUCUCAGCAAGAAGAAGCACGAUGAUAACGUCAUUCCCUCCCCGGUCGAAGAUGAGGAUGAUGACGAUACUGAAUACCUCGGAGCCCCCAGUAAUGUCAUCUCCUCGUCGUCCGAGAGGUCCAAGCACUGGGACGCCCACGAAGAUCAUAGCCACCAUCACAAGAAAUCAGUUCUCACUAAAGUCAAAGAGAAGGCCAAGAAAUUGCGCCACAGUCUCAGCAAGAAGAAGCACGAUGAUAACGUCAUUCCCUCCCCGGUCGAAGAUGAGGAUGAUGACGAUACUGAAUACCUCGGAGCCCCCACAACUCCAUCGGCCCCUACAACGUCUCGCAAAGUUUCUUCGGCCGUGUCUUCUCCGAAAACUCCCAGAUCCAAGGCUGCCUCCAAAGCGUCUUAUGACCCCUCAACGCCUCGGCAUGCUUCAUCUGCUCCAGUGACCCCACAAGCUUCGGCGCGUAAUGGCUACAGUGACCAUAUAUGGGAUAAGGGUGUUUCAGUGAAAGAGUAUUUGAUGAAUAAGUUUGAGCCCGGAGAAGAUGACAGGGCCUUGUCUGAGGUGAUAUCUGAAGCAAUGAGUCCUAAAACAGCUCCUGAAGAUAAAGGUGUGAUGGAAAAGUUCAGAGACGCCGUCACUUCUUUGCUCCGAAAUGAUGAACCCUCACAAUCUACAGCCCAAACUCCUGUCACGCAAACUUCAUCUGAAAUCCCAGUAUCCACCAACGCUUAUGAAGUUGGUCAGGAGGAGGACCAUGGCAGAAUUCUUCAAGCCAACUGAAUGUUCACACAAGAUUUCUUUUCCGCAUUUUUGUGUAUGUAUUCGGCAUUCUUUAUUGGCAUUGUUGAGGAUGUAUCAAAUACUUAG